UAGAAGAAAAUAUCGAAAAAAUGGCAGCCCAAGCCCUGAUGAAAAGGGGUAAAAGGCCUUUAGCUAGCUAUUUAAAGGCGGAAUGUUGCCGUCCCAGUGGUGUUCAGCAGCUUCUGGAUCUUCUUGACUUUCUUCUCGACAAAAGUAAACCGAUCGACGACAUUGAACGCCUCGAUUGGCUGCGUGCGAUCAUUGCUGGUGGAGCAACUUUUGAUGAAUUUUCCAGAACAGUUCAUUCAUAUGAUAAUGCAACAACCUGUGGACUGGUAUGGACGGCCAAUUUUGUGGCUUAUCGAUGUCGUACCUGUGGUAUCUCACCAUGCAUGUCGCUAUGUUCCGACUGCUUCCAAGCCAGCGAUCACAGGGGGCAUGAUUAUAAUAUGUUCAGGAGCCAAGCAGGGGGCGCCUGUGAUUGUGGUGAUAUUAGUGUCAUGAACCCAGCUGGGUUCUGUUCAAGACACGGGCCCGACCGAGCACAGCAACGCGCCUCGACUCCUCCUGAUCUGCUCGUCGUAGCAGAGAUCAUGAUGCCUAAGCUCAUCUGGAGGUUUGUGCAAUACCUCAGGGACAACUCCAAACCAGAGGUGCUUGACGCGUACUUGAUAGCCAUCCAGGAUGCGGACCAGUUCCUGACGUUCCUCCACAGCAUGAGUGACAUGGGGGCUGCCAUGAGACAUGUGAUGACGAAGGUCAUGACCGAUCCUCACAUCUAUAAGAAUUACACCACAGUGCCACCAGUUCAGACUAGUCGGUUCAGUAGCAGUCACAGUAACACUGCCGAGGAGCUUUACGAGAGUCAGGAGAGUUACAAGGCCGCCCUCGAAACGUUAGAAUGCCCUCCAAUGCCAGAUGAUCUCCAAGGUCUCUGCCAGGACCAGACCAACCUCGUCCACACCACGUUCAUUGAGGAACUCAUGUUCUGGACGCUCAAGUUUGAGUUCCCGCAGAAAGUGGUGACGUUAUUGCUCAGCAUCUUACCCGAUGAUGAUUACAAGGAAGCGUUUACGAAGGCGUUUGUACAACACUACAGUCGAAUCUCCAUGGCACUAGUCAAGUCGAUAGCAAUCUCCAACCGCGUGGUCCAUAUCAGUGUACAGCUGUUCAGCAAUGAGAUGCUGGCAACUAAGAUGGUAGAGAAUAACCAGCUGAUGGGGAUCAUGAUAGCCAGUCUGGAUUACAUGAUGAAGGGGGUCCUUACGGAGAGCGUCAUGCAGGACCCGGAGCAAAACUACCACAAUGUUGUUGACUGUAGUCGUAACACAUUACGCGAGCACUGCUAUUGGCCGGUGGUGAGUGACCUCAUCAACGUCUUGUCGCACUCGUCAAUCGCGAUGCAGAUGUACAAGGAGCAGAAACACCUGCAGGUCUGGAUGGAGCUCAUCUCGUAUUUUCAGGGUAUGAACCUCAACCAGCGCGAACUCGUCCAACAUGUCGAAUUUGAACCAGAUACCUACUACGCUGCGUUCUCAGCCGAACUAGAGAUCUGUGCCUCGCCAAUGUGGUCGCUGCUGGUCCAUCUCAAGGAGAAGAGUCACAUCCAGUACUGUCUCUCAAUGCUCAAGACAAUCCUUGCUGUGUUACACGACUGGUUCGAGUCGAUCAGUGCCAGGCCGUCUAUGAUCCCCAACCCGCUACAAGUGUCAUUCCAUCUGCCCCUACAUCGGUACUUCUCCCUGUUCACUAGCCAGGCAAUGAGGGUGUUAGAGAUACCACUUGAUACCAUCCUACCCAACACGGACAUGCUCAAACUACUCAUGACCCAUCCACUGCAGAUACAGGUGUCGUUCUUCGAGAUCUUCUGCGGCAUGUGGGUGAGGAACGGCCUGCAGAUCAAGGGUCAAGCGAUGACCUACAUCCAGUGCCACUUCUGUAACUCGAUGGUCGAUGCCGACCUAUUCCUCCUACAGAUAUGCGCAUCUCGCUUGGAUCCCGAAUACUACCUCAGAACUCUCCUCGAAAGAUUUCACGUGAUGGAGUGGCUAUCGAUGAACAAGAAGAGCCGUCUAUCGAUCGAUCAUGAGUAUGAACUACCGAUGUUAGAGGGCGCCCUAACGUUCCUCACCACGUUGCUCAGCUUUAGAUCACAUAUGGGAGCUGAAGAGAAAGAGUUAACGUUGCUCGAGAUGGUUAGCCUACUCUGCGUGAACGACCGCACCCACAGUCAGCUCAUGGACUUGAUGCCAGAAAAAUGUGGAUUAGCCGGACAAACCAAAGACUUUGAACCGAUCUUGAAAGAGAUCGCUGAUUAUAAGGCGCCGAAUUUCGAGGCGGGUGGUGGUAUGCAGCAGGGAAUGUAUGUGCCCAAGGGCCACGUGUGGGAGAAUGAUUUCAACCCUAUCUAUACCCUCCUGAGAGCGGUGCAUCGACGUGACUUUCAGUCAGCGAUGGACCGCUAUACGACAUAUGUUCGACAAUGUGGGAAGUACGAUGGUAAGACUGAUCCAUGGCCGCCGUUCAGGAUCCCAGCCAAGCCACACCCAGAGUUAGCGAGUAUGAAUCGUCUCCUCCACAGUAAGACGUUACAUGGUGUCAUAUUCACCAUUCUAUAUAAGGCUGUGAAUGGCAGUGUUGUCCCAGAGAGUGUUCUCUAUUUUCUGGUGUUCCUGUUAGAGAUGGCCGUCUCAACGCCUCCAGUACAUGUUUCUGGAAAGGAUUCGCUUGUUCCAAGCCAGGUUCGUGACCGCCAUUACGCCGAAUGGUUCCCAAAUGAUAACAUCUUCACCAACCUCCGCCACACCAUCAAGAAUAUCGUCAUCAAGGAAAUGACGUUUGCUCCAACAGAUAGCUCCACAUCAACAAGUGACGUGGCUGGUGGUUUUCAACCAGGGUCGUCCACGGUUGCAUUUCUUAGUCCUGGCCCGAGUCAUGCCGGUGGGUUUAUGCCGUCAGUAGGGCAGGCCACUGGUGGCGCCACCCAAGCCCAGACCAUGGCCAUGACGCAGGCCAUCCAAGGUAACCUGAGCCCCCAGGCUCAGCAGCUCCUUCAGGCACUAGCUAACUACCAAACACCCGGAGAGCACUCUGAACAACAAGUCUUCACAGGGCUUGUACCCAAGGAGUUGCCACGCUAUGAAAGUCGGGGCGUCUCAACCGACCAGGAUAGAAUAUUCCGGACAGAAGUCUUAUCGAUAAACGAGAGCAUUCUGUCCUUGUUGAUGAAACUGCAUUCGAAAUUGUCUGAAAAACCAAAUUCAUAUGUGCCAGAAUCAUGCCGGGCUGGCACGUCGCGGCAGGUGGACUCAACACCGAGGAUCGGGAAUGGGGUCUUUUAUAUCGAGCAGCUGUUGGAUCAGAUUGGUGGCACCAGCUCGGAAUGCGGCAAACAGAUCUUGGAGCUGCAUCACCACAUGUUACCAAAGGAGGAGAAGGCAGAGGCCUCGCCGUCAAAAGGAAGUUCUGUCGAUAAGGAAGAAAGGAGACGGCGCGCCAGGGAACGACAACAGAAGCUGAUGGCAGAGUUUGCGUCGAGGCAGAAGGCGUUCAUGGAACAGGCAAUGGACACAGAGGAUGGAGGGAGAGAGGCUGAACACUCGAGCCAGGCGGAGCAGGAAGGCAUGGCCGCCAUGGAGAGAAGCUAUGACUGUGUUAUAUGUGGCCAGGCCAGUCCCUCAACAGAAGAGCGCCCUAUUGGCCUGGUGGCUCUUGCCCAGUCCACCAGUGUGCUUGGCCAUCGGCGUCAGGUCGCGGAGGCCCAGGUCGUACCAGUAACACCUAAAGUGCCAAGCUACCACGGUGCCACCUGUCGUGGUGUCGCAGACAACAGGUUCAAGACUCUCAAGAUGUACUUUGACGAGACCUCCUGUCUCUCCUCGAUGAACAUGGGCUGGGAGGGUGGUGUAUGCGUCCAGACUUGUGGCCACCAUCUUCAUCUCGACUGCCACAAGUCCUACAUGCAGUCGCUUGCAUCGGACGAACACCUCCUCCAGAUGAAUCAGACGCUUGCAGUCAACAAGGGUGAAUACCUGUGCCCGUUCUGCCGUCAACUCGCCAAUACGCUCCUGCCCAUCGUGCCCGAUAAGGUGGGCAGUUUAUCACGGUUGACGCCGCGGGAUCCGUGUGGGUUGGCCCUGGAGAUUGGCCGGUUGAUUGAGAAACGGCCUGGAGCUCCGGGGACAACCAACCUGACAACAGCUAUGGGCAAGGCGAUGGAAGAUCUGACCAACACAGCUUACCCACGAUUCAGCUCCUAUUCUAAACACCCUUGCCCGGAGAGUAUGGAGCUCUUCUACUGCUCUGUGGCAAGGACAAACCUCGAGCUGAACCUGCUGCAGCGCAGUGGACAUCUUUGUAGUCCUCGGCCUCAGAGCACCAAGAAGAGAUCAUCACUGGUGCCCUUGCUCAAUGUGCUCGGCCUGCACAGUAAGAUCCUCAACCCGAAGAUCAACACAGACAUCUGGAGCCGCAUCACAGGGGUGACCAUGAGUGAGGAGGAAUCAUCAUGCCUGCAGCCGUACCUGAGAGAGGUGCCAGUGUUCCUGAAGGACCCUGCCGCGUUACUGCUACAGAUAUUACUCAAUCUGCCAAGUGUGAUAGACAGGGUGUACUUCCAGUGCCUGGUGCGUGUCCUGUACAACCUCCAGUACAUUCAAGCCUUAGCUGUGAUGAGUUCAAAGUUCACGGAAGAGGAGCGUGACGCGUGGCGCAGGAAGCAGAAGCAGGUCACGCCGAAGUCUCUCGAAGGUCUCCUCAGCGUCGUGAUUGAGCAUUUUGUGCAGAGUCGCCUCUAUGAGGACGUAGAGUUAGAACACAACACACCUGCGAUCUGUCAAAGUGUGUGGUCACCACAGAGUGUGGAGUCAUCAGUCCAGGAAUAUUGCCUGCCUUUCCUCAGGAUCUCUGGUGUCCUCCAGGAACACCUGUAUGGGGAGGAGAUACCACAAGAUGAGAAUGCGCAGAAAGAGUACCAGCUCCUUUGUCGCUUUCUGCACCUGUGUCACUUGACAGAGACAGAGGUGGACCCGAUGCAGUUCCAGAGUGCCUUGGCGGUCAACUGGCAUUGCGAGGACCCGUGGGCACUCAUCAGGACCUGGGGUCAAGACUUUGUCAGCUUCGUCAACCAGCAGUCGUUGGUUGCUAAGAAUCUCCUGCUGGUGAACCCCACCUGGCACACACCGCACCUCUUCAAGCUCCCCAAGGAGUAUGACAUCAUCUUCCAGCACUAUCGCAAGAAACAGUGCAGUACAUGUAUGUCUGUGCCAAAAGACCCAGCCAUCUGCCUCGUGUGUAGUCAGUUUGUCUGCUUCAAGGAGUCGUGCUGCAGACAGCGGGAGGUCUACGAGUGUGUACAGCAUUCGAUCUGCUGUGGUGCGGGGACGGGUCUGUUCCUGAUUGUCAACUCAUCUGUGAUUGUGGUGGUACGUGGUGCGCGGGCCACCCUGUGGGGCUCCGUCUAUCUUGAUGAAUAUGGAGAGGAAGACAGAGAUCUAAAGCGCGGUAAGCCGCUCUACCUGAGUGAGGAUAGGUAUCGUCUGCUGGAGCAACAAUGGAUCAAUCACACCUUCGAUCACGUCUGCAAGAAAUGGAUCUGGCAUCAUGAUAGGCUGUAGAUGUUCACAUGACCAUAGCUGGCUCUGUGAUUGGCUGUAGAGGAUCAUAUGAUAGUACCUGGCUUUGUGGUUGGCUGUAGAUGAUCACAUGAUCACACCAGGCAUCAUAAUUGGCUGUAGAUAAUCACAUGAUCACACCAGGGAUCGCGAUAAGCUGAGGAUGAUCAUGUGGUCACACCAGGCAUGGUGAUUGGCUGUAGAUGAUCAUGUGGUCAUACCUUGCUUUGUGAUUGGUUGUAGAUGAUCACACCAGGGAUUGUGAUUGGUUGUAGAUGAUCACAUGAUCACGCCAGGGAUUGUGAUUGGGUGUAGAUGAUCAUGUGGUCACACCAGGCUUUGUGAUUGGCUGUAGAUGAUAAGUUGUAAGAUAUAUAAUGAUCACAUGGUCGUGCCUAGCAUCGUAAGUAGCUGUGAAUAUCUCAGGUGGGGAGAGGUGGGUGACAUGAAAUGGAUGAGUUUGCAAACCCUCAUGAUGGGCUGCUGAUCAACAGACUGAAAUCCUUUAUAUUUUGGGGGCCUAGUAUUUUAUCACGUUUCACAUAAGGGGUCAAAAUGUAAACAUCAAUGGUACAAAAAUUACCAAUAAAACAGAAGAGAGAUAAAAAUUGAAAAACCAUCCAUUUGUGGAAUUUAUGGGUAUUGAAUUUUGUAAGGGAUGUUUUCGCUGAAAUUAAGGGCGGCGGAAAAAUAAAGUUGUUUACGAUAACUACCCCGUGACUGUCGAAUGCUGAUAUUUGAAUCUUUUAUAUGGUGCUCUGUUGGUGAUGAUAUUUGUUUUAUAUUGGCACUGAGGUGACGAUACAAUGUAAAGACACGUGGGCAUGGGAUUUAUCAGAGAUCAUUGUCUCGCUAUUUUACAGCAAUUAUACAUGGCAUUGUAUGGGUAUCCCAGGAUUUCAGAAAUAAAAGGGCCUAGUUCUGAAGAACUAUUGUAUUAUAAUUUACCGGUACUUUAAAACGUGAAUCUGUAUAUAAUUUAAUGUGUACAUUUUGUAUAUACAGCAUAGUGUGUACAUACAUUUAACUAUCAACUUUUAAUGUGUACUGUAUAGGUGUAAAAAUUCAUCAAAGUUUUGGUCUGGACUCUGGGGAAAGGUGGUUCUUGUUGUAAUAGCAUAAUGUGAUUUCUGUUUUUCUGCCCAGAUUAUAGGAAUCCUGAACUAUGUGCAUUUAGAGACAGGUCGGGGUUCUGGUCGGCUUAUUGCCUGUAUUGAGAGGUACAGGAGGGGUGGUUAAUAGUGAUUAUUGGCAUUGUGAGACCCAGAUCAGGCAUUGUGAGACCCAGAUCAUGGUGUUAUUGAUCUCAUCCUGUGGUUCUGGCCAGCUUAUUGCCUGUAUUGAGAGGUACAGGAGGGGGAGGUUAAUAGUGAUUAUUGGCAUUGUGAGACCCAGAUCAUGGUGUUAUUGAUCUCAUCCUGUCUGGUAUUAUUCCACUCUAUGAUCGUCCUUGGGAAGAAGGAGUUUUCGAAUUCCUGCGUGUUGCGCGGUAGACUUGAAGCUUGUUGUUGUUUUUGCUUCUGGUUGUCGAGGUCCUUUGUGUUAGAUGGUCCUCUUUCGUCAUGCCAACAGUGUUGUGGAUGAUACGGUUAAGUGUCUGUAAAAAACUGUUCUCUUUCUUGUAGGGUUUGCCAGCCUAGUGUUUUAUCAUCUCUGUUACAUAAUCUCCUGUUAAGGAUCUGGCCUCGCGUCUUUUUACAGCCUCGAGGUUCUGGAUGUCUUUGUGACGUAAGGGUCACAUACAUCAUCCUUAUUCUAGUUAGGAAUGUACGACAGAGAAACAGGCAGUUUCCUUGAGUUGUCUUCAGGCGUAUUUCAGAUUUCGUUUGAUGAAGCCUAAUGUGCUGUUGGAUUCAGUGAUCACUCAGUUGAUGUGUGUCUCCAAGCUCAGAGUCUUGUUGUAGGUCUGGCCAAGGUAGACUUCACUUCCUGAAGGGCUGUCCUUAAUAGAGAGGUGUCCGCUAAGGGAGGUUCCAUGUAGUUGUAUUUGGCUGAGGCGUGCAUUGGACCUAGAGCCCUGGGCAAGAGAGUGAAUCUUGGCCGACUGUGAUGCCCAGGUCCCCAACGUCCAAAAUAAACACAUUAAAUGAGAACUUAAUUUUUCAAACAAGGGAGUACGUUUUCCCCGACAUGUGUCUGACGGAGUCAGAACUCAGGAACUCGUGGUGGCUGUGAACCUCGACCUAAUGCGAGUAGGUUGCGAUUUCUCUAUUCUUGGGCUGGUUUUAUUUGAAGGAGUGUCGCAUAAUAUUGGUCAGAAAUUGGUGAUGACCGAGGAGUCAGGAUGUUGCCUGUGCAAGAAAGGUUUGAAAAAUUGCCUGUUGGUGUAAACUUGCUGGAAUAAUUUGAUUAAAAUAAGAGGAUUUACAUGCAGAGAUUGAUGUCAGGAGCAAGUUUCGUAAGGAAGACAGAAGCAUGAUUAAGGGCUUUCAAAAUGGUGAUAUUGUCCUAAGUAAUAACAAUAUAUUGCUAUAUCAGUUGGUCAUCUAAAGGCAUGAAUUACACCAGUUUGCACCUUAAAGGAUGAUGUGUAUGAAUGAAUGGCCCACCUUGUACAAGGGGCGCCACCCACUGACCACAAAAGUAACUGUUCAUAGAUGACCUGUGUUGGACACCUGUACAUGCCCGCAACUACAUCAUUCCAGAAGUAUUUGUGUUCCUCUUUUGGCUGCCAGGUGGCUCCACUGUCAAAUUGUGUUCCUCUUGGCUGCCAGGUGGCUCCACUGUCAAAUUCUGUUCCUCUUUUGGCUGCCAGGUGGCUCCACUGUCAAAUUCUGUUCCUCUUUUGGCUGCCAGGUGGCUCCACUGUCAAAUUGUGUUCCUCUUUUGCCUGCCAGGUGGCUCCACUGUCAAAUUCUGUUCCUCUUUUGGCUGCCAGGUGGCUCCACUGUCAAAUUCUGUUCCUCUUUUUGCUGCCAGGUGGCUCCACUGUCAAAUUGUGUUCCUCUUUUGGCUGCCAGGUGGCUCCAAUGUCAAAUUGUGUUCCUCUUUUGGCUGCCAGGUGGCUCCACGGUCAAAUUGUGUUCCUCUUUUGCCUGCCAGGUGGCUCCACUGUCAAAUUGUGUUCCUCUUUUGGCUACCAGGUGGCUCCACGGUCAAAUUGUGUUCCUCUUUUGGCUGCCAGGUGGCUCCACUGUCAAAUUGUGUUCCUCUUUUGGCUGCCAGGUGGCUCCACGGUCAAAUUCUGUUCCUCGUUUGGCUGCCAGGUGGCUCCACUGUCAAAUUGUGUUCCUCUUUUGGCUGCCAGGUGGCUCCACUGUCAAAUUGUGUUCCUCUUUUGGCUGCCAGGUGGCUCCACUGUCAAAUUAUUCGGUAAGAUGUCCACAAGGUUAGGUAUUUAUGAACGCAUUGUACCUUAUAUUUUGUUUUUAUCUUACUUAAUAUGCCGAAAAAGGGUGAGAUUAUGUGAGCACUUCAGGAGAAUAUUGACUAGAAUUUUUAUUUACUACUCUUCUAAUGACUCUGUGACCGGAUUGGUAGGUAGAUGUCCAUUUCUGAUUGGCCAGUAUUUGGAAUUUAAUGCGUGAGUUGAAAGAAUUCCAAGAACAUUUUUACUUGAUUGAAUCAAAGCGUCAACUGGUCAGUUUAAUGAAAUACAAUGUACAUGUACCUCAUGUUUAGUUUUGAAAUAUUUUCAAAGCUUGUGCAUUUCUUUAGGUUUGCUCAGACUAAUUCAGUUAACAAUAUCAAUUUGGAUGACCACAAUUAGGUAUUAAGAGGCCGGGUCGCGUAUUGAACUACUGGUACUUACCAAUUUGAUCUCCUUUCAGAUAAAGACAUGAUCAGCUUCAUAAACACCAUAUCUAGGUACAGUGGGACCUCCCUUAGCGGACACCUCUCUAUUAAGGACACUAGCACGGUUCCAGAUUGGUACCUUCCAUUCAAUUUGACCUCUCUAAUCAGGACACCUCUCUGUUAAGGAAAGCAUUGGUCAGUCGCGAGGGUGCCCUUUAAGAAGAGGUUCUGCUGGAUUCUGCAAGGGAAUUUUGCUUUAAACAUCCUGGUAGAACUAGUACGGCCUUGGGCGAUCAUACAAAGUGGGAUUACUCCCCUGUGAUGUAAACAUCCUGGUAGAACUAGUACGGCCUUGGGCGAUCAUACAAAGUGGGAUUACUCCCCUGUGAUGUAAACAUCCUGGUAGAACUAGUACGGCCUUGGGCGAUCAUACAAAGUGGGAUUACUCCCCUAUGAUGUAAACAUUCUGGUAGAACUAGUACGGCCUUGGGCGAUCAUACAAAGUGGGAUUACUCCCCUAUGAUGUAAACAUUCUGGUAGAACUAGUACGGCCUUGGGCGAUCAUACAAAGUGGGAUUACUCCCCUGUGAUGUAAACAUCCUGGUAGAACUAGUACGGCCUUGGGCGAUCAUACAAAGUGGGAUUACUCCCCUGUGAUGUAAACAUCCUGGUAGAACUAGUACGGCCUUGGGCGAUCAUACAAAGUGGGAUUACUCCCCUGUGAUGUAAACAUCCUGGUAGAACUAGUACGGCCUUGGGCGAUCAUACAAAGUGGGAUUCCUCCCCUGUGAUGUAAACAUCCUGGUAGAACUAGUACGGCCUUGGGCGAUCAUACAAAGUGGGAUUACUCCCCUGUGAUGUAAAAGAAUGUUUAAAGAAAUGCAUCUUGAGUGGUAUUUUAGUGAGACUGGCUUGUUGAAUACAUAGAUAUGGUGUUAUGAAAUCAUCAUCGGAAAGUGCAUCAACAUGGACACAAGUUCAUGUUGUGAGUGAUUGGUCAAUGACCAGACGUGGAGACGUCCUCCCUGAUUGGGUCGAAUGGGUCACACAGGAGAUGGUGAAGGGGUAAUGAUUUAGGGUCUUGAGCUUUCAAGUGCCAAAGUAAUUCUUUUUACAUGAUAUAUUGUGAGUUUGUAAGCUGCAUAUAAAGUGAUUUGUUGUGUGUAAAUAUAAUAAAUAUAUAAGUAAACGAUAA